AUGAACAUUGAGGGUGUAAUCGUUGACGGACAAAAAUGGUUAGAUAAGAAAUAUCCUAUCGAAGAAAGAAAAAAUAUUGAAGAAUUGGAUAUCAGUUCCCAGAAACAUUUUAAAGGUCACGCUUAUCUAGGAGGAACAUUGGAUUUGGGGGAUUUUGAUAAUUUAAAAAAAUUAAAAUGCAGAAUUAAUUACUUUUCAAAUAUAGAUUUUUCUUCUUUAAGAAAUCCUGGGAAGUUAACUUCCAUAGACAUUUCUGAUAAUCAUAUUGAGCCUCAGGCAUUGUCCUGUUUUAGCAGAUUUGUUAACUUGAAAUAUCUCAAUAUUGGUUCAAAAUAUGAAGAAAGAAUUAGAAGAGGUAUUUUUAAUCGCUUUUAUGGUUCUCUUGAACCUUUAAGGAACCUAAGUAAACUUGAAGAGUUACAUAUCGAGGCCACGAAUAUCUCUUCUGGUUUAGAAUAUUUGCCUGAUAAUUUGCCAGCAAUUUAUUGUCUUUCUUUCCUUGGCAACAAUACUCUGUCAGACAAAAUUAGGCGUGAGCUUGAACCUUACGCAGGAGUAUAUGCAGAUUGGAAAAACGCAAACAGAGCCUUAAUUGAUAUGGCUAGAAGAGGAGAAGCUCCAGUUCAAACUGAAACUACUAUUACUAUUGCCGAUUUAAUGGAAAGACCACCUAUAACAGCUCAGUAUUUUAACGGUAUAGUGAAAGACCGGGCUACGAUUCAGGAAGAGAGGGCUAAAGAUCGUGCUAUGACGAUUUUUGUAGCCAUACUCGGGCUUAUUGGCACAGUUAGUGUUGCACUUAUUACUAAACUUGUAAAAUAG